AAUAAACAUUCAACAAAGAAUCAAAACAAUACGUUUAUGCAUCAAUCCCAUCCCUUUUCAUAAGCAAUAAUUGCUCAAAUUAACAAACAAAUUACCGAGAACCUUGACCUCCAAUCUCCAAAGCUCAUCGUAUCGAUUCGUACGCAAUUAAAUAUCGGUCAAAUGGAUCAACAUUUGAAUUAAACGCUAUUGUUGUAAUCCUUGUUAGCCAUUUGAAAAUAACAAGCAUAAUCGCGAUUAACAAUUAUAGAAGCAUCGUCAUGUCAUCGGGGCAACAUACGCCGUACAGUAAAAUCCAAAAACCGAAGAGGAGCUCAUUGAAUCGGCCCCAAAGUGCCACCAUAAUGGACAGCGACUUCUCCACAGGGUUUAGGAGUGACAUUGAAAACGACCCGAUGUCUUUGGCGUAUAAAACGCGUUUGCACAGCCUGUUUUCCCAGAUCGAGAAGGAGUUUGACUUGCUUUAUCAGGAAAACCAGCACCUGCAAGAUAAGAUUGAGAUGUUGAAUGAGAAGCUAGAGAAGGACACAUUCGAUAAACCAGACUGUGUGGACUUUGAGAGUAAUUUUUCCAAAGCGCUCACUAAGAAAUUAAGUUCCUCGUCCCAAAAGUCCAAAACGGCCCACAAGUUGAAAGCUCAAACCAGCAAAAUCGUCUCAAGCUUUAAGGCCCCACUGUACAACUCGGCAGUACUAAAAGAGUUUGUGGGCCACAAAGAUGGAGUGUGGGAAGUCUCGGUCGCUAGGCCAGGAGUACCAGUUAUCGGUACAGCAUCCGCAGAUCACACCGCUUGCAUUUGGAGUGUAGACUCUUCCAAAUGUCUUCUGCAGUACCAGGGCCACAGCGGAUCGGUCAACUCAGUCAGAUUCCAUCCGUCAAAGGAUCUGGUUUUGACCGGGAGUGGUGAUUGGUCAGCGCACAUAUGGCAGGCUGUUCUUAAUUGGGAUUUACCGAAAGGCCACUCCUCCGAGGAGGAACUCGAGGAGACUGAGCUGGUGGGCACCGAGGAGGGGGGCGACAUGUGCGCGGGCGCCCACCUGAGGGGCGGCGCGACGCUGCGCACGCCGAUCGGCGAGUUGGGCGGUCACGUGGGGGCGGUGGCGGCGGCCGAGUGGCUCGCCGGCGCCGACACCGCGAUCACAGCGGGCUGGGACCGGAUCGCCAUCUUGCACGACGUCGAGAGCUGCACCCAAAUCACCACUUUGACCGGUCACGACCAGGAGUUGACGCAUACGGCCACGCAUCCCACGCAAAAGUUGGCGGUGACCUCGUCCAGGGACACGACGUUUCGCCUGUGGGAUUUUCGGGAGACGGUGCCGGCGGUGUCGGUGUUCCAAGGACAUACCGAGAGCGUGACUUCGGCCGUAUUCGCCCGCGACGACAAAGUGGUCUCGAGCUCGGACGACCGUAGCGUCAAAGUGUGGGACCUGCGCAACAUGCGCUCCCCCGCCGCCACCAUUCGGGUCGACUCGGCCGUCAAUCGGCUCUCGGUGUCGGCCAAUGGCGUCAUCGCGAUCCCCCACGACAACCGACACAUCCGUCUGUUCGACCUUAACGGCGUCAGGUUGGCGCGGUUGCCGCGAUCGAGCCGCCAGGGUCACAACAGGAUGGUGGCGUGCGUCACGUGGGCCGACGACGUCAUCGGAGGGGUGAAUCUGUUCUCGUGCGGGUUCGACCGUAGGGUGCUGGGGUGGUCGGUGACGUCACUGAAGGACUAGGCAACCCGCAGGGCUUCGUGAUAUAUUAUUUAAUAGAUAAUUGUGUAGAGUCUAUUGUUGGGGGUUUUCAAGUGUUUUAACAACGAACGACUAGGUUAGGAUUUUAGUUUUAGCCGCUCACCAAUUUAGCUUACUGACGUUUAUUUAUUAUUUAAAAAAAAAAUCAAUAGGGUUUAAAUCUGGAAACUGUUGUGGAAAUCCACUGGACUUUUUGUUUUUUAAUAUGUUCUAGUCAUAAUACACUCGUUAAUUUAGUUUGAAAUUGUCGUAACAAAGAUUGUAUUUAUGUUAAAUAUAACGAUUAUUGAACCCA